UCCACAAUUAUAUUUAUUUUCAUGAGUAUCUAUCAAUAUUUAAUGUAUGGGUGUCGGUUUAGCUGUAAGCUGAGAGUACCCUAACACCAACUUGAAUUAAUUAUGCACUCUAGGGGAGACAAUGAAAUGCCCUUUUUUCAAAGCCCCAAGUUUCCCUGGCUUUUCUGGGAACGACAAGACAAAAUCUCUACAGAUGGAUGAUCCUGAGAAGAAGACAAAUGAAAAAUGUGAAAGCAAACCAAGAAAAGUGAGAUUUAAAAUAUCUUCAUCUUAUAGUGGUAGAGUAUUGAAGCAGGUUUUUGAAGAUGGCCAGGAACUUGAGUCCCCAAAGGACGAAUAUCCUCACAGCUUUAUCCAAGAGUCCUUUGAACCAGUGGAGAGUGUCUAUGGGGCUGGAGAAGCUCCCAAACCAAGAUUUUAUUCGACAAAAUUGACGGCUCAACGAAUCAGCGUUUAUAGAGAGGGAAAUGCCUACACCCUGGCAGGUAGCCAGCCUCUCUUCAAUGAUUACAAAACCAAUGAUCAUAAGUCCCCAGCUAUUAUAGAUUUUGGCAAGAUAAUCAUCUACACUAAUAACCUGAAAAUCAUCCGAACUUCAAUGGACAAAAAAGACUUCAUGAGAAAAGUCCUCCAGAAGGGAGAAGAGGGAGAGGAACAGUUCCUGGUGAGCAAAGAAGAGGGUGAUGGAGACAGCGAUCAAACUGAUGGCCCACUGCCAGAAGCAGAAAACACAUUUGUCCACAACCAAUAUAUCCAGGAAGGGGAGAUCCCUGAACACAACUGCUUCCACUGUAGAGGAUCAGGCAGUGCUACUUGUUCUCUGUGCCACGGAAGCAAAUUCUCAAUGUUGGCUAAUAGAUUUAAGGAAUCUUACCGGGCCCUGCGAUGUCGUGCUUGUAAUGAGAAUGGCCUCCAGCCCUGUCAGAUUUGCAAUCAGUAA